CUGGAGUACUGUGUCCUGUGCUGAGUUCCUCAGUCCAGGGAACUUCUGGGGAGAGUCCAGCAGUGGGCUGCAAAGAUGACUGGGAGCAUCUCCCUGAUGAGGAAAGGCUGAGAGACAUGGGAGUGUUCAGCACGGAGAAGAGAAGGCUGAGGGGGAUCUCAUCACUGUUUAUAAAUACCUAAAGUGAGGGAAUCGAACGGAUGGGGCCGGGCUCUUUCUAGCGGUGCCCAGUGUCAGGACAAUGACAGUGGGCCGGAUGAUCUCCAGAAGUCCUGUCAUUUACACAACUCUGUGAUUCUGUGAAUGUUUUGCUACGUUCCCCGAGUUUAAAACGAAAGACUCCGCCCCCAGACGCCGCCAUACCGACGCCUCCCUCCGCACAUUUAGGACCCUGCGGGACUGAGGCGCUCCCCGUGCCGCCGCCACGCCCUCAGUACCGUGCGGAGAGCCGCGGCGCGUCUUCCCGUGUGAGGGCGGCGCUGAGCAGAUGAAAUGCAAGCAAAAACAGAAAAGAUAAAAUUUUCUCUGAAGAGCGUCAAAAAAGAAGUAGGAAAACCAGAGAAACUGAAAUAUAAACCACUUACUGGGAAAGUGUUUUACCUCGAUAUUCCAUCAAAUGUGAUCUCUGAAAAAAUAGGGAAGGAUCUUAAAGAACUAGGAGGGAGAGUGGAGAGUUUUCUUAGCAAAGAUAUCAGCUAUCUGGUGUCCAGUAAAAAGGAGGCAAAAUUUGCACCAACUCUUAGUCAGAUCUCUCCAGUUCCUAGCCCAGAAUCUGUAUCUAAUGGAGGAAAUGGUACAUCUUAUCCCAGGAACCAAAAAGAUCGACAGGACGGAAGUUCAUUUAAGGCAGCAGAUGCAGUACGUUUGAGCAGAGGAAAAUCCUUAGCUGAAAAAGCAAUCAGAGAGCAGGAAUUAAUCCCCUCUGGUAGCAUACUGUCCAAUGCUUUGAGUUGGGGAGUGAAAGUACUUCAUAUUGAUGAUGUUAAGCAUUAUAUUGAACAAAAGAAGAGAGAGCUCUACCUAAUUAAAAGCACAGGCAAUUCUUUUAAAGAUGUGGGAAAACAAGUUACCACUCAAAAGUCAAAAAGUAAGCUGAAAAACCCAUUUGUGAAGGUGGAAGAUAGAAGUCGCUCCUACCGACCAUUUUAUCUGCAGUUACCGAGUUUUCCAGCUCUCAACUACUGUGUUCCAAAACCUUGUAGUCCAUUUGAGGUGGAUAAGAAGCAUCCUUCUGGUCAAAAACAAACUCAGUCUAAGCAAAGAAAAGAUAUAAACAGUGACAAGGACUGCAGAACUCCUGCUCAGCUUCAUCAGAAGGACAAAAAAAGGAGAGGAUAUUGUGAAUGCUGUGGGAAGAAAUAUGAAGAUCUACAAACUCAUCUUGAAAGUGAACAGCACCAGAAAUUUGCACAAAGCGCACAGUAUCAAGUUGUUGAUGAUAUAAUCUCCAAGUUUGUUUAUGAGUUUGUUGAAUACAGGGAUGAUGAAAAAAACAUGAAAAGGAUAAAAUGUAGUACAGGAUAUUUUUCUCCUAUUAUUGGGAAGAUAACACGACCUGAUGAGCUGAAAGAACGACUGAAAAAGCAACGCAUUUCAUUGAAAACUUACUCGUGGAAAGAUACUACAAUGCAGGCACUCAAACUGGAUCGUCAGCCUGCAGAAGUACAGCCAAAUUCCGUGUUGGUGCCUACCCCUAUUUCUGCAUCUCUGUGUUCAGUUCUUUACUGUCAUCUGUCUCAACCUCCAGAAGUAAAAAGUAAAUUCAGAAAUAAUGGUGAAAACACAAGAACUGAUUGCUUCUGUGCCACAAACCUAGGACAGUCUGUAAUGUCACCAAACUUCAUACAGCCACUUCCUCAGAAAGAUGGUAAAUCAUAUAUGGAGAACUUGUGUCAAGAUUAUGAGCCAUUCAGUAAAGAAAUACUUGAACCAGAAGUAAAUAAAAAGAAUUUACAGCCUUUUCAGGAAGGUGUGUGUACCUUCUGUUCUCAUACUCAAGUUACAGAUUUUAGUGAAAAAGACAAAAACUUAGCACAGCCUAAAAGAAAAUUAAAUCCUGCAAUAGUUCUACCCGCAAAAUGUUUGAAAAAAACAGAUGCCAAUCCUACGUUUGUCGAGAAACAUCGUGAUUUAUGUGAUAAUCAUCAACAGAUGCAGCACAAUGUAGUUCUGGAGGCUGAGGUAUCUGAGUCUGCUAUAAACAAAGAACUUAAUGAAUUGGCUGCCAACACUGCACACUGUUCACCAUCUGGAAAGCUGCACAGGAAAGUAAAGCUUUGCUUAGGAAGAAAUAAAAGAGAAAACCGGAAACAGAAUAUAGAGUUAUGUGUGAAGUAUGCAGAUGGACUGUCUGUCCCCAGAGAGAAAAGGGAUUGCAGCUCACCAGUGCAGGCCCUACUGGAGUUGUUUCAGACAAGUGAAAUAAAAUCUGAAUUUAGAGGUUUUUCGGUUUACACUGAUCAUGAAGAUUUGACUGGCACAGAAGAUGUAUGGGAAGGGCAGAACACAAAUGUUGUUAGUUCGUUAUUUUCCUCUUCAUCCUCAUCCCCAUUUGUUGGAUUUUAAUGCUGCUUUAUUUAAUACAAUGUUUUUCAAAUAAAUUUGCAGAUUUAAGAUUUUAUUCAUGGAAAUAUUAAUUCUUUCGUUAUGUACAGAUGAAUUAAUUUUCAAGGUUUUCUAAUGCAAAAACUUCUAUAUGUGUAUAUGUGAAUAAAACCUGCUAAGAGUUUUCUUUUUCUUAAAAGCUGCUGCUUUAUUACAGCUAGUAAAGGUGACCACUGGAUUUUGGGUUAUAUUAAUUGCUAGCCAAAAUCAGUGAGCAUUAUGUAGCUGCUUUUGGAUGGUGUAUUUUUCUAAAAUCAUUAACUGGGCACACUGAACACAGUACACUCUAAAUAACCACAUUAUAAAUUACUGGAUGGUUCACUGUAAAUAAGACAGUCUGUUACUUAUGGGCCUCUGAUGAUUUGUGGAGGUUUGUUUGCUUCUCAUAUUCUUCUGUUGCUACUUUACAAGGGAAUGAAAAAAAAAAGGGGGGGAGAGGGAGUUGCUUGCUUUUCAAAAAUCUCUUCUGCUAAUGUUUUAGGUAGGGAGUUUAUGCAGUCACAAAGAAAUAACAUCAGAAAAGCAUGCACUGUAUUCUUCAGCUGCUCUGCCGUAAUUUAUUCUUAAACUAAAACUAGAUGUAGUGUGUAUUUCAGUGGAUGGAAAGCAGUAGAUGUAUGACUUAAAAAAAAAAAAAAAAA